CCUCUCUCCUUCGACGCAUUUCCUGAGAAUUCAACGCUUUGUUCUUGUAGCUCUUCAUCCUAUAGUUGUCUUUCUUUGGGCUCGCCAUCAUGUCUGAAGAGUUCAACACAAGAACAAACUGAGGAUGUGGCGGCCAUGCUGACCUGUGAAAUCUGCGGAGAAGAACUGAUGUUGGAGGAGGACAUGAAGACGCAUCUCCUUCUCAGUCACCUAGAAAAUGACAUGCACUGUCCACUAUGUUCCCUGGCUGGAGUUUCCUUUAACGAACUCAGUUUCCACAUAUCAACUGCACAUCCUGAAGAGCACACAAAUGCCACAUGCUUUUCAGGUUCCUCCAAAACAAAAAACGUUGCUAUAAGUGACAGAAGGAUGGCCCAAACAUCAAAGUCCUUUGCAUCUGGAAACAGCUGUGAUUCAUCUGGUGAAGCAAUAACCAGCAGAGUCCAUGCAGACUCAGGACAAACAGGAAAGAAUAACUCACCACAUGCUGAGAGUUUUUGGUUAAAGGCACGUUUAAAAGAAUCGUGUCCUAAACCCUCCACCAGCUGCUGUAAGGAGACCGUCACUGGAAACAAAUCUGAUCACACCAAAGAAGAGCAGUUCUUUUGUCCCAUGUGUUCCAUGGUGUGUAGCAGCCCAUUCAUCCUGCAGGAGCAUGUGGAGCUGCAUCUUCAGGAUCAGCACUCAGACCAGAAAAACACCGAUUGUGACCUGAAACUGGCCAUACAGCUUCAACAUGAAGAGGAGCAGAAAAGGAGGCAGGAAGAGGCGUGGCAGGAGAAAGAGAACUUUAAAAAGCUGCAGAGACGGUUCGGUGUUGGGGGAGGAGGAGGAGGCUAUCGCCAGCAGAUGGAGAGGUCUAUGGAGAAGGCUGUGGCUUCUGGCCGUUUGACCUCUGCAGAGUUUCACAGUAAGAAGGCUGACAUGAUGGAGUCCUUGGCCUCAGGCAUGGAUGAUGGCUCAACCAGAACCCAGGGUAUCACCAGAGCCUUGUGUGACUACUACCAGACUGGAGGCAAGGACUGUGCCCACGUGUGGCUGAGUGCCGACACAGACCACUACAGCUCCUCUGUGGGUGACAAAGGUUGGGGCUGUGGAUACAUAAAUUUCCAGAUGCUCCUCUCCUCCCUACAAAGGAUAGACACCUAUGCUUCCAUUCUACAAGAUAGGACUGUGCCUUGUAUCCCCCGGAUUCAGGGUAUGAUUGAGGAGGCUUGGAGGGAAGGUCUUGACCCUCAGGGUGCGUCCCAUUUUAACCAGCGUCUGAAGGGAACGCGGGCAUGGAUUGGAGCCACAGAGAUUUAUGUCCUCCUCACCUCUCUGGGAGUCAGUGGACACAUCAUUGACUUCCACCAGUCCACUGGUGCUGAUGGAACCCAUCCUAAGCUGUUUGACUGGGUCAAGCAAUACUUCUGUCAGUCCAGCCAGAGCGGCAGACUGCUCCCCCGACUCAUCCAGACCAACCUGCCUCCGCUUUACCUACAACACCAAGGUCACAGCCGCUCUAUAGUGGGUUUGGAGCAGAGGAAGAACGGAGAAGUGUGUCUCCUGUUGCUGGAUCCUGGAUCUUCAGCAGAAGGCAUCAGGAAGCUGCUGAGCAGGGAUUUCAUCUCCACAGCGGUGCGUCUCAUCAGAAGGUUCCCCAGAAACCUGAAGCACCAUCAGUACCAGCUGGUAGCAGCACAGGGUGUGCUGUCUGCUGAAGAGAAGCAGGCUCAGAUCUUUAACUCGAAGAUUUUAAGAGCUGAACGGAUCCCAUGAACACAAACUUCUGUUUUUAUUCAGUCUGAGUUUUUGUCUGUUUUUAGUCGAGUUGUUUGUUAAUAAAUGUUUAGACUCA